UCGUGAUCCGCCAUGGAGGCCUCGCACGCGUCCAGCACGAGCCGCUCGAUGCUCAUCUCGGACGCGCUGCGCAAGUACAAGAUCAUCGUCGGCUACCUCGUGUUCGUCGCCAUGCUCAUCGGCGUCUUCGUCGCCAAGGACCGGCUGCUGCAGUGCGGCCUCGCAGUCGGCGGCAUCGUGGUGCUCUGGACGCUCGAGCCCAUCCCCUAUCACGUGGCCUCGUUCGUGCCCCUGGUGGUGUUCCCGCUCUCCAACCUAAUCCCGGCCAAGGACGUCGCCAUGAGAUACAUGAACGACGACAUCAUCCGAGCGCUGUCGGGCCUGUUCAUCUCCAUCCUGCUGCAGACGUCCAAGCUGAACCGGCGCAUGGCGCUGUACCUGCUGCUCGCGGUGGGCACCAGCGUGCGAUGGCUCCUGCUGGUGUACAUGUGGCUCGUGUUCCUGUUCGCCAUGUUCGUGACCGACGCCGCGGUGACGGCCAUCAUGAUCUCGCUCGUGGACACCCUGGUAGCCGAGGUGUACGCCAGCAAGGUGCGCGUGCGCGUCGUCAAGCUCAACAAGGCCAACGAGGAGGCCCGGCUCAAACAGCAGCAGGCCGCGGCCGCAGUUGCCGGCGGAGCCGAACAGGAGGCCCGCGCGGCACUCGACGGGCAGGACAUCGCGCCCUACGCCGACUACGAUCACGUGCUGCACGAAGAGCAGACGCACUGCGCCAUCCUCCGCAAGGCGUUCAUGCUGGCCCUGAGCUACGCCGCGGUCAGCGGAACGGCCGUUCUGCUGGCGAACCGACCUUGCUUCAUCCUCGAGGCCCUACUGUUGGACCAGUACAACUACGGGAUCAGCCAGACCAAGUGGGUGGCCGUGAAUGCAGCCUUCGGACUGGUCAAUCUGGGUCUUGGCUGGCUGUUCGUCUUCUACACUUUCCUCCGGAUGUAG